CAAACCACCACAGAAAGCCCUCUGUGCUGAUGGUAGAUGAGCUGCUGUCUGCGUACCCCCACCAGCUGACCUUUUCAGAAGCCGGCAUGAGGAUUAUGAUCACGAGCCACUUUUCUCCAAGGACACGCCUCACCAUGGCUUCACGGAUGCUCAUCACUGAGAGACAGCGCCUGAUUAACACCAGGACUCUGACCAACGGCGAGUCCGACAUCCCCGUAAAAGGAGGCAGUAGGCGGGGCAUAGAAAACGGGCUGUCCAGGACCGAGAGGUGCGUCGGCGUCCGCAACGAUGACGGAGAGGAGGGCAACGAGACCGAGAAUGAGGACAAUGAAAAUAACGAGAAUGACGAAGAAGAGGAGGAAGAGGAUGGAGAGGGACCCUUUGUCCCGUUCCAGUGCCCAGCCGGAGUGUUUAACAAGCUGAAGUGGCUCCUGGCUUGGCCUCUGUGUCUGCUGCUCUACUUCACCAUCCCCAACUGCUCCAAACCUCGCUGGGAGAACUGCUUCAUGAUCUCCUUCAUCUCCUCCACCCUCUGGAUUGCCUUCUUCUCAUACAUCAUGGUCUGGAUGGUUACAGUGAUCGGCUUCACUCUUGGUAUUCCUGAUGUCAUCAUGGGCAUCACCUUCCUGGCAGCCGGCACCAGCGUUCCUGACUGCAUGGCCAGCCUUAUAGUGGCGCGACAAGGAAUGGGAGACAUGGCAGUGUCCAACUCCAUUGGCAGUAACGUCUUCGACAUCCUGGUGGGACUCGGCCUCCCCUGGGCCCUGAAUACUCUGGCUAUCAACUAUGGUUCUGCUAUCAAACUAAAUAGCAAAGGGCUCAUCUUCUCUGUGGGGCUCCUGCUGGCGUCUGUGUUCCUGACGGUCCUGGGAGUUCACCUGAACAAGUGGACGUUAGACAAACGUCUGGGCAUCGUGUGUCUCCUCCUCUACUCUGUCUUCCUGUGCUUCUCCUGCCUCAUCGAAUACAACAUAUUCACCUUUGUCAACCUGCCAACCUGCCGAGAAGACUGAGACACACACAUGCGCACACACAUAGACACAAACACGCACACAAACAGGAAGAGGUUACAAGUGGAGUGUUACAGAGAUGGCUGCUUCUCAUCAGAAUCAUGAAAUCUCAUAUCAAACUCUUUGUUUGUGAACAGAGGUCCCACUCUGUUGGUUUAUCAGGUGCUUGUUUUCCUGCUUGGCUCAGUAGGGCUGCUCUGCUGUGUCCUCCAUCAGACCAGAGAGUGUCGGACUCACUCCAGGAGCAGAGGUGGACGUGACUGAUUCAUGACAUGCCCUCACACCGUUCCACACACACACACAUACACACACACACAGAACUGUUCAACUACUGCAUGCUUCUGACUGAAGAGCUUUUAUUUUGAAACACCCGUAGGUGUGCUACUUCCUAGCUGCUGACCCUUCCUCAUGAAGAAGGCUGGUCUUCUCAAUGAAAGUAGUAAUAAUAAUAAUAAUAAUAAUAAUAAUAAUAAUAAUAAUAAUAAUAAUAAUAAUAAUAAAAGCGAUGGUAUAAGCGGGGGGUCUGGAGGGGGUUUAGUUUAGCACUUUUUUGUGGAGAGCCUGUUUGGAGUGUCUCAGCAUUCUCAAACUCUUUACUUUCUCACUCAGAGUUUAGUGCAAGUGUGUAGAGUCUUCCUCUUCUACUUUUACAUUUAUGAUAAUAAAAAAAACAGGGCAUUAUCUCAUCAGCUUUUUCUAAACAAACUCUCAGCUGUAGCGUCUCGGGUUUGGACCCGUCACCUUUUGUCGAUGUUUUUUUUUUUUUUUUCUGUAAAUAGCCUACCUCUCUGUAAAUGUCCCCAGAUGUCCUAUUUAUUAUUUAUUGAUGCCACACGCACAUGUAUCCUUUCCAGGUCACGGAAUGAUACCGAAGAUGACCACUUUAGCACAAAACAAGCACAAUUUUCUGUGAAGACGUUUGGUUUUGUUCUCGGCGUGGAACCCAACUUGCACUGAUGAGCUCCACGGUGACGUGUUUUCUAAUUUUGCGGGCUGAUUAUGGGGAAAACGUCCUUAUAAAGUGAAGCCGUUUUAUUUUAUUUUAUUUUAUUGGUUUGUUUUAUCGUUGUCAGUGGACUGUUUUUUUAUUAUUUUUUUAUUUUUGUCUGUCUCCUCAAAGACUCUGAGCAAACAGAAUCCACACAGCGUUGGUGUUGGUUAGGUCGUGCUUCCUCCCCACUACCGGACGGAGGUCUGCUUCACUUGUCUGAGACUCAGACUGUGGACUUUGUUGGGACCAGGGUGACCACACAGGACUUUGACCCUAACCCACUGAUUUUGGAGGUGGGGUUUUAUUUUUAUUCUUACCUGGGAGUUCUUUGUAUUUUAUAAAGCCUAAUGUUGAGAUUUGUCCAGAUAUGGUAGGUUUGUGGUACAUAAAUAUAAAUCCUACUAGUUUUUAGAGCAUGUACAGUGUGGUUCACGUGAUCCUCUGAAGGACUUUUAUUCCAAAAGGGCCCAUGGAAGUCCUCACCUGCAUCCAGCUCGUCUGAGCUUGACUUUUAUCAAAGUGAUAACAUUUCAGAUCAACUUCUUUUUUUAACGGUCACAAUAAUGUUAGUACCCCACAUCCUGCCUCAGUGGUUUAAAAUAUCAAAGCGGACACAAAUGUUUGAAUGUAAAUGUGUGUUUGUCAUAUCUACUUAUUCAUUUCGCUUUACUCUGUUCUGAGCGGCAAACAGGGUUCGAAUCUUACACGAUGCAAUAACGGAGCUGACACACGUGUCCGUGUACAGCUUUUAUAAAAUAUUCUGAUAUUGUAAUUAUUUUCAGCCAGUUUGUUAUUAAUUAAAGGAUUUAUCAGUGACCACGCAGACAGAAAAGCGGGACUGUUAAACUGUAAAGCAAAUCCAAAAAUCAUCAACACGGCAACCAUUCUGACAUAUUUUUUUGUCAGAGUGAGAACUUUCUAUGGUAUCUGAUCCAUUCAGACUAAUCAAGAACAACUUUAAGACUUCGUCCACACAUUUUGUAGACCUGAAGGUUGGUUUUAUAAAAUUUGAGACAUGGAUUCAUAAAUUAUACCAUGGUAUUCUAAUCACAACACAUCUUUCUUCUUUUUUUUUCAUUUGCAUAGUCAUUUGCUUCCAGCAUACUUCUAACAUCCUCCUCUGUCACACCAACCCUCCCUCACUACAUCCAUGAACGUCCCAUGUGGUCUUUCUCUCCUCCUUCUUCUUAGCUCCAUAUUCAACCCCUUGUUUUGUCUAAUACAGUAUACCCGUUAUCUGCACAUGUCCAAACCAUUUCAGCUCAUCUAACUUUGUUUCUAAGUCACUCAAUGCACUUUGUAGAUAUUUCACCUUCAGGUGAAAAUGAAGACCCCAAGCCCAGACCCAAAGUUUAUUUUCUAAACAUGAUGUCCCAGUGGCUUUC